AUGUCAAAAAGACACGCAGAGCUACCCCUGGAGCAGAAUUUCCCGGGGUCACCAGCCUCGAAAAAGGCGCGCGUGGAGGAUGAAACCGGGGGCAAUUCCGGCAACGGCGCGCCCGCGCAUCGAGCCAGCGGCCAGGAGCUCGAGCAAGACGAACGCAAUGGCAAUGAUAUACUAGCAGCCGCUGACCUAGAAGGAGAGGAGCUGCAGGAAGCAGCUCAAGAUGUGUCAGAGUCCUCGGAUAUUGAUAUCGACGAAGAGGCCCCCGCCCUCAGCGCGCCUAAGCGGCAAACUCAGCCCAUGGAAGGUUACGGUGACCUCUAUCUCGACACCGUCAACCGCAGUGUGCUAGACUUCGAUUUCGAGAAGCUGUGCUCCAUCAGUCUGUCCAAUAUCAACGUUUAUGCCUGCCUCGUGUGCGGCAAAUAUUUCCAAGGACGCGGUCCCAAAUCACAUGCGUAUUUUCACGCGCUCGAGGUCGGACACCAUGUGUUCAUCAAUAUUAGCUUGAAGAAGGUCUAUGUCCUGCCCGAAGGCUACGAGGUCAAGAGCAAGAGCUUGGAUGAUAUCAAAUAUGUGGUGGAUCCCCAUUUCACCAAGGAUGCGGUUGUGAAACUCGACAGAGAGGUCCACGACGCCUGGGAUCUUUCGGGGUCUCGGUACAGACCAGGAUUUGUGGGAAUGAAUAACAUCAAGGCCAACGACUACUUUAACGUGGCAGUCCAACUAUUGGCGCAUGUCCUUCCCAUCCGGAACUUCUUCCUUCUCCAUGAUUUCCCAACGCCGGGCACCCCAGAGCUUGUUCUUCGAUUCAGAACUCUUGUGCGCAAGCUAUGGAAUCCAAAGGCAUUUCGGUCCCAUGUGUCUCCGCACGAGUUACUGCAGGAAGUUGCAUUGCGAUCCUCAAAGCGCUUCACCCUCACCCAACAAUCAGACCCCGUGGAUUUCCUUUCCUGGUUCCUGAACAAUCUUCAUCUCUCGCUGGGCGGCUCCAAGAAGCCAUCCUCGACACCAACUAGUGUCAUUCAUGCUGCUUUCCAGGGUCGCGUCCGGAUCGAAUCACAGGCCAUUACCGCGCACUCCGACACCCAAAACGCCCGUCUUGUCUUCACAGAAUCUGGCGAUAUCAAAAGCAAUGUUACCCCCUUCCUCAUCCUCACCCUGGAUCUACCUCCAACCCCCCUCUUCCAGUCCGCCAACCGCGAAUCCAUCAUCCCACAGGUGCCUUUGACUACUCUCCUCAACAAAUACAAUGGCCUCACAGCCUCUGAAAAGAUGGCGCACCGUGUCCGACACCGUCUCCUCCACCCGCUUCCGCCCUUCCUUCUUUUCCACAUCAAGCGCUUCAGCAAGAACCGCUUCGUCUCUGAGCGCAACCCAACAAUUGUUACCUUCCCUUCCCCUCGCUCCCUCGACAUGUCACCAUACGUCGAACCCAAUCCAGAGAUCUGGCCUCCGGGCGAGCCAAUCAUGUACGAUCUCGUCGCCAACAUCAUUCUCGACCCCAGCGUCGCCGCGCCAGGUGCCAACGAAGAUGCAGCCGACAAGGGUGUCAACGCCGCCUCCGGAGCCGCAGGCUCUUCCACGGGAGCUGGUGCGGGCAGCGAGAAGGUCUCUUGGCUCGUCCAACUGCACGACAAAGCUGUCUCAGCUGAAAAUUCCCGUCACCAACAAGGCGGUGCGGCAGAGCAGCAACACCGUGGCUCCGAGUGGCUCGAGAUUCAAGAUCUAUUUGUCAAGCGUGCUGAGAGCGAGACUCUGUUCACGCGCGAGGGCUACUUGAUGGUCUGGGAACGGCGCAAGGUUUCCGGGCAGAAGGGGAAGAGCCGCACGAAGUAA